AUGGGUCCGCCAAAGAGAAAGGCACCCGCCUUAGAUGUUCCCCGCAAGGACGAAGAUCCCGCGGAACGAAAACGCAUACUGAAUGUACUAGCCCAGCGACGAUAUCGCCAGAAACGCAAAGAGCAUCUCAACAAGCUCGAGGCAGCCACCCUGUCCUCGACUGCAAACAGCGAAGCAGAGAGAGAUCUCGUCGAUUCUCAAAGAAACCACCCAGACGUCAACCAGCGGCAAUUCAACUCGCUACCUCCAGAGCAAGCUAAAACUCCCUGCCUGCAGGACUUCCAGGAAGCAUUUCCGCCAGACAUAUUUGACGAACAAGUACCGAUCGGGAACGGGUACAACGCCUUCGAUCAUGCUAUCGCCUUCCCGGAUGACCUCCAACUCACCGACAGCCUCUGGCCCUUGCCAUCCCUCCCGUCCUCGCCACGAUCGUCACAUACCUCCUCCCUGACCUCAUUCUCGUCCCCCACAUCUUCCAACGCGUCUCCACCAAACGCCAUCUCCUUCCCAGACGAACACAAUCUCGGCAUUCCCUCCCUCGACCUAAUGCGUGGCGCCCACUCCAUCGCCCUGCGCCUCGGCCUCCUACCUAUGAUGUGGGACCUCGAGGGCCCCACCGCACUACAACGCCGCGUACCACAUCACCCACUGGUCGAUCUGCUACCGUGGCCAACGGUGCGCGAUAAGAUGUUGCUCGUCUUCUCUACGCCGGUGGAGAUCCGGCCGCCUGCGGCUGCGAAGCCGACGGCACUCGUGGAUUUCGUGUACGAUCUGGAGGAUGCAGCGGAAGGGUCGCGCAUACAUGGCGAUGAUCCGUUUUCGGAUCAGAAUUGGGAGGUCGGCGAGAAGCUGUUCCGGGAUUGGUGGUGGGCGUUUGACUCACAGGUUAUUGCGAGGAGUAAUGCGCUGAGAAGGGAGAGGGGGGCGCCGCUGUUGGGAAGAGGGACUGGGAUUGUCUUGGGUGAGGUGACUUGA